UUAUGUGAUGCGCAUGAAGGAGUUUGAGCGCGAGCGGCGGCUGCUGCAGCGUCAGAGGCGGAUCCGGGAGCGGGAGGCGGCCGUGGCUGCAGAGUGACAGCGGUGGGACCCCCAACGAGGGGACCCCCAACAUUGGGACCCCCAACAAUGGGACCCCCAACGUUGGGACCCCCAGCGAGGGGACCCCCAAUAAAGGCAUGAAGCUCCAAA